AUGAUGUUCCGGAGAGUUUCGCUGUCUCUGCGGGACAAGAGGUGAGGCUUGAGAGAAAACAUGGACCUUUUUCUAUAUUUCGUGUUUUUCCUUUUCCAAUUGAAGUUGAAUUAUAAGUCCUGAAAAUUUGAUCGAAACGGGAAAAAAUUAUUAUUUUCAGGAUGUUCUGGAACCUCGUUGCCGUGAACUAUGAAAAAUACCAUCUUCAUCAUUUUAUGUUGUUUGUCUUUCUCUUGUGCUACAGUCUAUUUGGGGCCUUUGUUUUUGUACUUCUCGAGGCUGAGCACGAAAGGAGCAGCAACGACGAGACCAGCAUGAAACUUGUUCGGCAGAGCGUCGCUGCCAAGAACUUUUUCGUCGAGCGAGUCCAGGUCAGCACGGCUCUGAGUCUAGUUUAGUCUUAACCUUACAGAGCAUGUACUUCCAAAGGUCCAACCAGUCGGACUUUUACGAGGCGCAGCUGAGGAAGGCACUUGUCGACUACGAUCAGGCGAUGGGAAUCUCGAGAAGAUCCGAAGUCCUUCCGAAAUGGGAUAUCUGGGGCGGACUGUACUACGCAGGCACCAUUUUCACAACGAUUGGUUUGUUUUAUCAACUUCUUCACAUGAAAUACCGCUUUGAUACUUCAUUCGUUCGGAAUUUCGUGCGCUCAAAAUCUCGGCCUCGGUUGGAUACUUACGCAUCGAGUGAUUUCACGUGCGGACAUGAGCGUUUAACUUGAAGAAAAGUUUGUAUAGUAUGUGAACAUAUUUCAUAUGACUUAUUUGUGCAUAAAAAAAUACGUUUUUCUUGCCAAAAAGCACUCAUUUAACUUUAAAACUCUUUUUCCUAAAUACCUAAUUGUUUUGAAUGAUUCCUAGGAAUGAUUUUUCAGUUAUAUAAUCUUGCUGGGGCUCUUCCGAGACUCAGAUAUGACAAACGGCCAGUUUUGACAUGUGUCAGGCCGUCCUCACAAUGUUUCCCGCUUGUACUUUUCUUGAAAAUAAAAGGACGGUUAAAAAAAUAACUUCUUCCUGAGAAAAAAGGUAUCCGAGUGUCAAAAUCCUUUGAGACAGUUGUCGAUGCAGGAAGAAUAGUAUCAAGUUACCCAAACAAUGUUCGUUUUGUAAGAAUUUCUGGCAGAAGCAAAGAACGGAUUUGUGCUCGAGACUCUUCAGGAUGCAUACCGAUUAAGGAUACGGCGAUUUGGCCGCGGUGACGAUCGGAGGAAGAAUAUUCACGAUGCUCUACGCCGUCAUAGGAAUUCCGAUGGUGAUCACGAUUCUCAACGACUGGGGAACUAUGCUUUUCCACACAGUAAAUUGUGAGUUUCCCUCAAUUCUCAAAUUGCUACAGUAAGCUUCGUAUAGAAAGCUGUGGAGCUUUUGUGAUGAGAUUUCAAAAAACGGCCUUCGGUCGAGGUUGAACCAAUAACUUUCAAUUGGCAGAAAAAAAUAGCUUUUGUCCAUUGCUCCCGGCAGAAGUCUGUUCUUUAAGACGGUCAUUAGAUGUGUAAAACAGCAAUCAAAAAAGACAAUUCAGAAAACGACCUCGGAAUGAUACAUUUAAUAUACUCUCGUUACAAGUGGGCUAUUGAAUCAAGUACAGCACUUUUUUGAAAAUUUUUUCGAAAUUUGUUUUUAGAGCCGUGAAUGCAUACAAAUCACUUUUACAGAACAUAUGUAGCCGUAUGAAGGGUUGAAAAUGUUUCAUGUUUUCAAUUUCUAGCUUUCUGGCAGAACUACGCCCUGCAAUGGAUCAACUUGAUCAGUCGAAAACUGAAGGAAAAGUCGAGGCCCAGCGAGGAAGAGGUCAGCCAUUAUUAUCCCAUUAACAUCAAAUCUCCGUCAAGAUUCUCGCACAUUUUUUCUUUCUUUUUUCUCACUUUUGCACGCCCGGGGCAAUUACGAGCAUUAAUCAAAAGAUCCGACAACUGCUCGGCCACACCAUCAAAUCCGCUCUUUUUGCUUUUCUUUGAAAAACGAUCGGGAAGAUUUUUAUCGAACUCAAAGUUUGUUUUCUGAAGAGUUUAAAAGAGUAUAGGUAUGUUUGAGGAGAUUUUAUUCGAAGAUUAGAAAAACAGUAUAGGUCGGAAUCUUCAAUUCAUCAUAGUUCAUGGUUCUAUUUUUGCGACCAUUUGUCAGUUUCCAGUGUCUCAAGCAAUAUUUUCCAACAAACCACCUGUGUAACUCUUGUCGCUGUGUCAAAUUGCUCUGAUUAUGAUUGAUGGAGCUCUGAGUUGUCAAAUUGUUUAAGAAAUAAUGCUGGGAUACAUGAUUUAUCUUCGAAAUCAUAGUUGAAAGAACUGGAAUUACGGAAAAGAGAUCGAAAACAUCAAAACCUUGGGUAAUUUUGAAAGAACCGUUUCAAUUGGAAUUCAUAGCUCGAAAAGAUGGUCCUUAUCAAAAAAUUUAUAUUGACCAUGGAUGAUGAUUCCGUGUAAAAUCAGGGAUGAUGAUUCCGUGUAAAAUCUUCACUCGAAGUGGUCGCUCUUAUUCUGAGGCUCCCACCUAGAGCACGGUCUCCGGGCUCCAGCUCAACAUCCGCUACAUUCUGAGCUCGUCAAGGCGCAACUGGAUGGACUACGCGCAGAAGGACGAGGCGAAGGACCGUAAGACCAUGCUUUCAACUCUUUAGACUACACGUUUGGACUUCUAGUUCGCCAAAGGCGGUUGUUCGUUAUAGCUUUUAAAGUUCUUGUUCACCGCCUAGUCGAUUACAUCAGACUAAAACAACAAAAUAAAUGAUUUGAUUUGAUUUACUGGUCCUUCACCUUUGAGAGUAGUUUUUAAAAGUUUAUUGAUAGAUUAGAGCUACCUUGUGGAAAGAUCUCAUUUCAGGGAAUUUGCUCGAAAAAUGAAGAUCUGCCAUCGAAAUCCGCCAGAACCGAUGGUCAGCAUCCGAUGCCGCUGUUCCUGGUCGUCGUCGUUCUUUUUUCCUGGGUCUCGCUUUGUACCGUUGUCUUUUCCUUCCUCGAAAAUUGGACUUUUUUCGAAUCUGUCUACUUUUUUUUCAUUUCUAUGACCACAAUCGGUAUCUUGGAACAUUUUUUUUGGUUGUUUCAUCAAUUUAUUUGAGGAUUCGGUGAUUUGACGCCCGGGCACAGAGUGGCCGUGGCCAACUUCUUGCUGAUUUUGAUCGGACUUUCUGUCGUUUCAAUGUCAAUAAAUGUAGUCCAAAUGCAGUUGGAAGUACUCUUCGCCAGAAUUGUGAAGCGAAUCGAGUCGGAUUUCAAGAAUAACUUGUCGAGUGGAGGUAGGGAUGAUGUUUCUGAAACCAAUACGGAUAUCAAUUUGCAGCUGAUGAUCGGAAAAGGUCCAUUGGAGUCACGGCAGUUUGUGAUGUUGAGAAGUCGAAGAAGAAAGGAAUGGAGAAAGAAGGUCGCAGAGCAAGAGUCCACAAAUAUUAGUAUGUUACAGGUGACGUCACAGAUAAAUAUGCGGAUGCUUUGGGAGGCACGGAGAAACUUCUCAUGCGCUUCAUGAGUCAUCAUCAGUGAGUAUGAACUCUAAUCGAUGUAGUCGGGUUGAUUUCAGAAAGAAGAUGCUCAACGACAAGUUCGAGGAGCGGGCGAAGAUGAGGAACAAGUACACACAGACAACCAAUAAGAUCAAAGUGAAGGAAGAAGAAAUAUCAUCUCCUUUAUGCGUCUUCAGGUUGCGUCUGUCCAAACUGCGGACAAAUUCGAGCCGCUGUGGACCGAAGAAGAAGAAAACGACGAGCCGAACACGUCGAAAUCCAGAAUCAACACUCGUCGGUUAUACAUUUACAAUACGGGAGAAUGA